AUGGAUGGGGAUAAUGCGAAACAUAAAACGAUUGGGGAAGGUUUAAGGAAGAGAAAAACGAAGUUCAUCCUUCCCGCCAGAGGAUAUUAUGGUGACAUUAUUACAGACUUGCGAUAUAAACAUCCAAUUAAGAGUUUGUACAAUAUACCUGGAGUUGUUAAAAAAACUAAGCUAAUAUGGUCUAUGCAAACAGAAAGACAUGCACCAAUUGUAAGAUAUCUGACCCCUACUUCGAAAAUCGCUAACUUGUUUCCAGCAGAAAGAUGGAUGACUUUUGAAGAAGAUAAAACCAUUAGCUUUCCAGUGGAUACAUUUAAGCCGAAAGUUCAGCUACAACAUUCAGUUGAGCCCAAAUCACUCCCGAGGAGUGUUGCGAUUGAAAGACGUCGUCGAGAAUAUCAGAGCCAAGAGUUAAAAACAGUUUUGGAAAAAAACAAUAUUACUUUGAAGGAUUUAUUACCCAUUGAAUUGUUAAGAGCGUAUACGGAGGAUAAAACAUGGUUAAGUUUUCUACCAUUGGACAUAUUCGAUGAUGAUGAAUACGAUAUAAGGACACCUGAGAAUUGGCUAGAACACGGAAUAAUUGAUAACGUAAGACAUCCACUGCCAGCUGUAGGCUUUGUAAGCAUGGAAGGUACUGGAGACAGCGAACUAUUCCCUAGGGUCGUUUUAGAAAACAUGUACGAUUGGGUAAAUGUAGCUGUUACCGAUUACGAUUCGGAUACGAAAUUAUGGACAGUUCUGACGUUAGAUGGCAGACAAAAAAUUUACCGAUUGCCCAGGUUUUACAUUAUGUUUUACGCAGAAGAUCCUAUCAAUUUUGUCAAUCGUAUUAAGGCUAUGUUGACUUUAAGGGCUGAAACGGAGAAUAGUAUAAGGUAUGAAUUCUUUUUGGAUUGUAUAUCACUGGAAGGUAUUAUUGAAAUGGAUCAAGAGAUGAUAAAUAAAAUUGUGCAUAUCGCCAUUAGCGUUAGAGGAAUGAAUAAAGCUCUAGUUAAAUCAAAGUUCUUUGAUACGUUAUUAGAACAAAUUCAACUUAAUUAUAAACGGUGCAUGGGUGGACUGGAUUUCGCAAAACAUUUUGGAAAAAAUGCAGAUUUUGAAAAUUUGUGGCUUCCGCGCAAAGCACCUGAAAAAGUACCUGAGAGAAUUAAUACCGAAAUGGUCAGUUUCGAGGACAUUAGGAAUCAUUUUAGGUGGUACAAUAUCUAUGUGGUAACCGAAACCUAUAGAGCCAUGGCUUUUGUAAAUGGUGAAUGUAUUAAAAUUGGCCAAAUGUCAGUUUUUACUGCAAGCUUUGGUGCCAAAUAUGUUACUUUGGAAGAGUUUGAUUCUAUUCAAUCUUUAACGAGAAACGUUCUUUUAAAACAUCUUAGAGGUAUGUGGAUGGAUUCUGCAGUUUUUCAAAUUCGGAUGUGCUUAGGAGAUAUCGGCAAAGGAUGGUUUGAUAUUAAUGAGAGAAACGCUGAAACAUACGAAGUAUCAAAAUUGAAAAGGUUUAUGGAGUUAAUUAAAUUUAAAAUGCAGCAUGCCCUACGCCUCUUAGUAGAAAAUUCCCUGAAUAUAUUCAUUAACUUGGUUGAAAAUCCAUGCCUACCUUGUGUGAACGUGCCAAAUGAUUUUACUUGGGAAGGAGAUUUAACGGUCAGCCAAUUUGUUUCAAAGUAUCCUCCAAUUUUCAGUCUACAGAUGAGAUUAAACGAGGACGGAGCUUCAUUUUCAACGAAUCCAGAAAGUUUUCAGGUUAUUCUUCUAAAAUUGUUUGAUGAAGGGUUUAAGCAGUUACACUGGAUUAAGCAAGUACAUCCGUUCCUGUUACAAAAUUUAAGUUUUCCAUCAGAUUUGUACUUGUCGUCGGUCGGAUUAAUGGCAAAAGAGUUGUGCGACAUUAGAGAACGCUUUACAGCUGCUUAUCAGAAAGUGUUGAUACCUCUGUAUGCAUAUGCCAAGCGAUUUGAUGAAUUUAUUCCCCUCUACAAUUUGGACAUUAAUCAUUAUAUCCAAAAUUAUAGUGACGAACAGCAUACUGCACAGGAAGUGAAGCAAGAUAUAAUUGAUGAAAUAAAUAGGAAAACCGUUUUAGAGGGAAGUAUUCCCAUUUCGAUGAUCAUAGGACCUUUCUAUAUUUCAAUUGAUCAAAUACGAGGGAGUUUAAUAGCCAAACGACAAGAUCUCAUAAAUAAAAUGUUCGAAUCGUUUACGACAAAAAUGAGAGAGGGGGUCGAAGAUGUUAUAACAGAAUACGAAAUAAUCUACCGAAAAAUCCAAACGAAAACCGAUUCUAUCGAAAUAAUUUUUGAAAAGAGAGAUUUUAUGGAAACCAUACCAAUGGUUAUAAAGGGAUUUGAAGAGACUACAAAGAAACUCGUUAUAGAUUAUGACAUUUUGGACUUCUUCCGGAUUAAUUUGUCCAAUGAGGAUUUCAAAGCCAAAUGGAAUGCCGUGGGAUGGCCCAAGAAAUUAGAGAACGAGAUAGCCAGUACUGAAGCCUUAAUGAAAGAUGAAGAGGAACGAUUGCUUAAGCAACAACUAAUUGACGAAGUUACAUUAGCAGAACAGAUAGAAACCUAUAUUGGCACUUGUGUUAUUUUGCAGGGUCUAUUGGAAUUUAAAAAGGUUCAUCAAAUAGCCGAUGAAUGCAGAGAUUGUUGGACGGCAAUGAAAGACGCGCAACAAAGAGGGCAAAUGUUAAACCAGAGGCAAAAGCUUUUUGGAAUUAAGGUUACUCCCUUCGAUAAUUUAACCAAACUUUUAAAAGAAUUUGAACCAUACAAAAAUGUCUGGGUAACUUCGUCUGAUUGGAUAAAAUUGUAUAAGCAGUGGAUGGAGCAAUCUUUUAUAAAUAUAGAUCCACGAAUAAUAGAACCAACAGUUACCGAUAUGUAUAAAAUGAUCGUAAAAUGUUCGAAAAUAUUUGCUGAAAUUCCGGGAAUUCAAGAAAUUGCUUUGGAAAUCAAACGGCAAAUAGACGAUUUUAAACCACUAAUACCUGUAUUGGUGGCGUUAAGGAAUCCUGGUUUGAAAGAGAGACACUGGGUUCAAAUAGGAAACGUAACAGGAAUCGAGAUAGUCAUAACACCGAUGACCAACUUUAAAAGUUUUAUAGACCAGGGCAUUUUAGACUACGAUGAGAGAAUAAUCACAAUAUCCGAAAACGCCAUCAAAGAGUACCAGAUUGAACAAACUCUAGAAAAGAUGAUGUCAGAAUGGGAUUCUAUUUAUUUGGAAUUAACUCCUUAUAAAACUACUGGUACUUACGUAGUUAGAGUUUCCGAUGAAAUUCAGCAAAUGUUGGAUGAUCAAAUUGUAAAUACUCAACAAAUUUCGUUCAGUCCUUUCAAAGCUCCUUUCGAAGAUAGAAUUGACGAGUGGGAAACAAAACUCAGAAUUACUUCUUACGUUGUUGAGGAAUGGAUGGACGUUCAAAAGCAGUGGAUGUAUUUGGAACCAAUUUUUACCAGUGAAGACAUAUCAAAACAGUUACCUGUUGAAACCAAGAAAUAUGGAUCCAUGGAAAGAACCUGGAGAAGGGUUAUGAGAAAUGCCCAUGAAUGUCCUUUGAUUAUACAAUACUGCGGAGAUAGAAAACUAUGGGAAAGUUUAAAAGAUGCUAAUCACAUUCUACAAAUCGUCCAAAAAGGUUUGGCAGAAUAUUUGGAAGUUAAACGUAUGGUAUUCCCACGGUUUUACUUUCUUAGUGACGACGAACUUAUAGAAAUUCUAUCACAAGCCAGAAAUCCUCUGGCAGUACAACCGCAUCUCAAGAAGUGUUUUGAAAAUGUUGCAAGAUUAACAAUUGAAGAAGAUCUGUUGAUUACACAAAUGUUUUCUGCAGAAGAUGAAUGUGUGGACAUGACUCCAACCUUGUAUCCAGUAGGAAAUGUAGAAAGCUGGCUGUUAAGCGUAGAAGACGUAAUGAAAAAUACUGUCAGAGUCGAACUUGGAAAAUCUAUGGUAGAUUUGAUGCAGAAGGACAGAAAGGAAUGGGUGAUGUGCUGGCCCGGUCAAGUGGUAAUAGCCUGCUCCCAGACCGCUUGGACAGCUGGAGUUGAAAAAGGAAUAUCAGAUAAAAAACUAAGAGAGUAUUUCGUCGAUGAAAUGCUUGUCAAUUUGGACUCAUUACGAAGUUUAGUCAAGGGAAUUUUGACAUUUGUGCAAAGAGAAAUUUUGUCGGCUCUAAUCGUCAUUGAAGUACAUGCAAGAGACGUGACUAACAAAUUAGUUGAUUUGAAUAUAUUAAACGUCAACGACUUUGAUUGGAUCAGUCAACUGAGAUAUUACUGGGUUAAUAACGAGCACAUGAAAGUUAGAGCUGUAAACGCUGAAUUUCAGUAUGGAUAUGAAUAUUUGGGUAACAGCGGACGCCUGGUGAUAACACCUUUGACUGACAGAUGUUACUUGACAUUAACUGGAGCACUUCAUCUUAAAUUCGGUGGAGCUCCGGCUGGACCAGCAGGAACUGGUAAGACUGAGACGACCAAAGAUUUGGGCAAGGCCAUGGCUAUUCAAUGCGUCGUCUUCAACUGCUCCGAUCAACUUGACUUCAUGGCUAUGGGAAAGUUCUUUAAAGGGUUAGCCAGUUCAGGUGCAUGGGCAUGUUUCGAUGAAUUCAACAGAAUUGAUAUUGAAGUAUUGUCUGUGGUUGCCCAACAAAUAGCGACAAUACAGAAAGCCCAAAUAGCUAAAUUGGAAACUUUCUUCUUUGAAGGGGUAGAAAUAGCCCUAAAGUUAUCUUGCGCCGUCUUCAUAACAAUGAACCCCGGCUAUGCCGGCCGAACUGAACUACCCGAUAACCUCAAAGCCUUAUUCAGACCUGUAUCCAUGAUGGUACCGGAUUAUACCCUAAUCGCAGAAAUUUCGUUGUUCUCCUUCGGUUUCGGUAAUGCCAAACAAUUGGCAAAUAAAAUAACAAGCACGUUCAAACUUAGUUCUGAACAACUAAGUAGCCAAGAUCACUACGAUUUUGGAAUGAGAGCUGUCAAGACUGUCAUUGCUGUGGCGGGAAAUUUAAAGCGUGAGAAACCGAAAAUGGACGAAAGGCAAAUCUUGUUGCGUGCCCUGUUGGAUGUCAAUUUACCAAAAUUCUUGAAGGACGAUUUAAAACUUUUUAACGGCAUUGUGUCAGAUUUGUUUCCUAAAAUGAAAGAAGAAGCAGUAGAUUAUGGAAAAUUAGAGAAAGCAAUUAGAGCUUCUUGUCCUAAAUUUGGACUGGAGGAUGUUAAUGAAUUUGUCAGAAAAGUAAUCCAGUUGUAUGAAACGACAGUUGUGAGACAUGGAUUGAUGUUGGUCGGUCCAACAGGUUCCGGAAAAACAAAGUGUUACGUGAUACUAAGAGACGCGAUUACAAGUUUAAAAGGAGACCUUCAACCAAGUGGGUAUCCAUUUCAAGCAGUUCAGACUUAUGUUUUGAAUCCUAAGUCAAUAACCAUGGGACAAUUGUAUGGCGAAUUUGAUCCGUCUACUCACGAAUGGACGGAUGGUAUUUUACCAUGUUUGGUGCGUGUUGGUAUAAAUGCGGAGAACAAGGACAAACGUUGGUACAUUUUCGACGGUCCUGUAGACGCAGUAUGGAUAGAAAAUAUGAAUACUGUACUAGAUGACAACAAAAAACUGUGCAUGACCAGCGGUGAAAUUAUAAAAUUGCGAGACACCAUGACAAUGAUGUUCGAAGUUGCCGAUUUGGCAGUAGCCUCACCUGCAACUGUCUCCAGAUGCGGUAUGGUGUACCUGGAACCAGCUGUCCUUGGUUUAGAUCCGUUCGUCAACUGUUGGCUAAGAGCGUUGCCUGAAUUAGUUCAACCUUACGAGGAAGAACUCAAAACUCUAAUCCACUACUAUGUCCUACCAGCAAUACACUUUAUGAGAUCCAAAUUAAAAGAAAUAUUGGUUUCUGUUGAUUCCGCCAUUUUGAUAUGUUUUCUUCAACUGAUGACAUACAAAUUGGAGCCCGUUUCUGGCGUUAGGGUUCCACCACAACCUCAAUUUUUAGCUUUAAUGAAGGGUCUUCUGGCUCCUUGGGUAAUUUUUUGUAUGAUAUGGAGCAUUGGUUGUACAUGUGACAAUGAUGGGCGAGUUAUGUUUGACAAAUGGUUAAGAGAAAAGAUGAAGGCAAGAGCAGACAAACCUUAUUUUCCAAAGGAUGCAAUGUGCUAUGAUUUCAGAUUGCAUGAUGGCGGCUUUACGGAUCCAACUGAUAAUAAUGAACCGAAACAUCCAAGUUGGAAAAACUGGAUGGAUGGUUUAGAACAGUACCUAAUCACUGCAGAAAUGAAAUAUUCAGACAUUGAAGUACCAACAGUUAACAACGUUCGAAACGCAGAGCUACUCGGAAUCAUUCUGGUUAACGAACACAAUGUCUUGUGUGUUGGUCCAACUGGAACUGGAAAAACGCUAACUGUUAUUGCCAAACUAAGUAAAAAUUUGCCCAAAAAAUUCAUGUGUGACUUCAUAAAUUUCUCAGCUAGGACCAGUGCGAAUCAGACACAGGAUUUAAUAGACUCUAAGUUAGACAGAAGAAGGAGAGGUGUAUUUGGGCCGCCAGUCUUGAAGAGACAAGUAUUUUUUAUAGACGAUUUUAAUAUGCCUGCUCUGGAAGUAUAUGGGGCACAACCGCCAAUUGAGUUAAUCAGACAAUGGAUGGAUUUUGGAGGAUGGUAUGAUAGAAAAAAUAUAGGCGAUUUUAGAACGAUCAUCGAUAUCAAUUUUGUAGCAGCAAUGGGACCACCAGGAGGUGGCAGAAAUCCUGUAACUCCUCGUUUGUUAAGACAUUUUCAUUAUAUCACAUUUCUAGAAAUGGAAGAUGACAGUAAGAUAAAAAUCUUUGGUACGAUUCUUCGUCCGUGGUUAACCAAAGGCCCAUCGCAUUUUAAAAGCUACUAUUCGCCUAUUUUACAGUCGACUUUAACUGUUUUUGCGACCAUAUUACAAGAACUAUUACCAACGCCUGCCAAAACUCAUUAUACAUUUAACUUGAGAGAUUUGAGCAAAGUGUUUCAAGGAAUGCUUAUGUUAGAUGCAGAAAUACUUAAGGACACAAGCGAUCUGUUACAAUUAUGGUAUCACGAGUGUUGUCGAGUAUUUCAAGAUCGGCUUGUUGACGAUGAGGACAGAAACUGGUUUGACAAGUUAUUAAGAAUACAAAUUCAAAAAUACUUCAAGAGAACUCCUGCCAAAAUUUUAGGCACCGAGACAAUUGUAUUCGGAGAUUUCAUCGAUCCUACAAUUGGGCCAGGAGCGUACGUUCAAAUCAAAGAUUUUGAAAGAUUAUCGCAGUCCCUUAUUUAUUACCUUGACGAUUACAACUUACAAAGCACGAAACCUAUGAAGUUGGUACUGUUUCAAGACGCUAUAAGCCAUAUUUCGAGAAUUUCCAGAAUUCUUAGGCAACCUAUGGGUAAUGCUUUGUUACUUGGCAUGGGCGGAUCAGGAAGACAGAGUCUUACAAGACUGGCAGCCUUCAUGGCAGAAUAUAACUGUUUCCAAAUCGAGCUGACUAAAGCUUAUGGAACAACUGAUUGGAAAGAUGACCUAAAAAAUGUGAUGCUGUCUGCUGGCCUUCUGUUAAGAGAAACCGUCUUCCUCUUUUCUGACACACAGAUUAAAUCAGAAUCAUUUUUGGAAGAUUUGAACAAUGUUCUGAAUUCAGGCGACGUACCCAAUAUCUAUGCACCUGAAGAAUUAGACAGAAUAUAUCAAGGCAUGAAGGGUCCAGUUCAAGAAUUAGGACUGACAGCGACCAAGUCAAAUUUGUUUGCAGUAUACCAACGUAUGGUUAAGUCAUAUUUGCAUGUUGUUCUUGCAAUGAGUCCCAUCGGUGAAGUAUUUCGAGCAAGAUUGAGGCAGUUUCCGGCCCUCGUCAACUGCUGCACAAUCGACUGGUUUAGCCCGUGGCCUGACUCGGCAUUACAAUCUGUUGCAUUGCGAUUUUUAAAGGACGUCCAAAACUUCAACGUACCUGAAUAUGUAAUGACUGGAAUAGUAAUAGUGUUUCAAUAUAUGCACGCAAGCGUCGUAGAAGCCAGCGAACGGUACUUGCAAGAGUUGUCACGUCAUAAUUACGUAACACCUACUUCUUAUUUGGAACUCCUAUCUAGUUACACUGAACUUAUGAACACUAAAAGAGGCAAUCUAUCUGGAAACAUCAAUAGACUACAAAUUGGGUUGAGUAAACUGCAAAAUACAUCUGAAGAAGUGGCGAAUCUGCAAGAACAACUUCGAGUCAUGAAACCCGCUCUACAAAUUGCAGCCAAAGAUGCGGAAAUAAUGAUUCAAAAAAUCGCCCUAGAUACUGAAGUUGCUGAAGAAACAAAAAGGAUGGUACAAAAAGAAGAGCAUGAGGCUUUAAACAAAGCCGCAGAAAGCGAAGAAAUAGCUGAAGAUGCCCAAAGAGAUUUAGACGAAGCAAUGCCUGCACUAUUGGCUGCUGAAAGAAGUUUGAAAGCGUUAAACAAGAACGAUAUAGUUGAAGUAAAAUCUAUGAAAAAGCCACCUGCUGGAGUAGUGACUGUCAUAGAAGCAAUAUGCAUUGUUAAGGGUAUUAAACCCGUUAAAAUUCCAGGUCCGAAAGUAGGCCAAAAGCUUUUGGACUUUUGGGAACCCGGAAGAGCUAUGCUUUCUGAUCCUCAAUCAUUUUUAACGUCUUUAAUGCAAUUCGAUAAAGAAUCAAUAACAGAAGAAAUGGUUGGAAAAUUGAAGAAAUACGUAAAGGAUCCCGGUUUUACCCCAGAGAAAAUUGCUAAGAUUUCCAAAGCUUGUCAAUCACUAUGUAUAUGGAUCCACGCUAUGUACAAAUUUUUCCACGUAAACCAAGCAGUAUUGCCCAAAAAAGCGGCAUUGAAAAAAGCAGAAGAAGAUCUAGCUGCAACUGAAAAAGCUUUGGCAGCGGCAAAGGAAAGAAUGAAGCAAGUAUUAGAUGGUCUCAAAUUUUUGGAAGAUUCACUAGCUAAGAAAAUAGGUGAAAAAGAAGAAAAAGAACAGAGCAUUAUUCUCUGCGAAGAUCGAAUGAAUAGAGCAAUAAGACUUAUAAACGGUUUAGCAGAAGAAAAAAUUAGAUGGAUUCAAACAAUUAUAGAUCUAAACGCCAAUAUUGUAAAUAUAACAGGGGAUAUCCUGAUUUGUUCAGGAUGCGUGGCUUAUUUAACACCUUUUACAGAUGCUUACAGACGUAAACUAUUUAACGACUGGUUAAAAGUCAUGAAACAACAUCAAAUACCGUUUACUGAAAAUUGUAGUCCUGUAUCGGUUUUGGGUGAGCCCGUUCAAAUCCGUUUGUGGCAACUAGAUGGACUACCGAGAGACAAUUUGUCAACUGAAAACGCUGUUUUAGUGGCCUGCUCGAGAAGAUGGCCACUAUUCAUCGAUCCUCAAGGACAAGCGAACAAGUGGGUGAAAAAUAUGGGAAAAAGUAUGGGUCUUACAAUUGUCAAAUUGGCAGAUAAAGACCUAAUGAGAUCAAUAGAAUCGUCCAUCCGUUUUGGUAAAGCAGUUCUAAUAGAAAACGUUUUGGAAGAAUUAGAUCCAUCUCUAGAUCCGGUACUUUUACGCCAAGUAUUUUUGCAAAGUGGAACUCGUGUCAUUAAGUUGGGAGAUGUUGUGGUACCCUAUGAUGAAAAUUUUAAGCUCUAUAUCACAACCAAACUCCCAAAUCCUCAUUACACACCAGAGGUAUCUAUUAAAGUGCUGAUUGUGAAUUUCACAGUAGUCUCAUCGGGUCUCCAAGACCAAUUGUUAGCCUUAGUUGUUGCACAAGAGAGGCCUGACUUGGAAGAACAGAGGGCUCAAAUCGUAGUGGGUAUUGCUACAAUGAAACAUGAACUAAAAGAAAUUCAAGACAGAAUUUUAUAUAAACUUAGUUCAUCAGAGAUAUCUCCAAUUGAAGACUUGGACUUCAUUAUAACUUUGGAAGCAUCCAAAGUUAAGAGUAACGAUAUUAAGAAUAAAGUCGAAUCAGCUGAAAUAACUCAAAUUGACAUUGACAACACAAGAGCUUUGUAUAUUCCGGUGGCUAAUAGAGCACAAAUAUUAUUUUUCUGUGUAGCUGAUUUAUCCAAAGUCGAUCCAAUGUAUCAGUAUUCAUUGGAAUGGUUUGUAGGCAUUUUCGUAUCAAGUAUGGCAGAAACAGAGAAAGCAGAGGUAAUCGAAGAAAGAGUUAAUAUAAUAAAUAAUUAUUUCACGUUCAAUCUGUACACGAACGUAUGCAGAAGUUUAUUUGAAAAAAAUAAAUUACAUUUUGCAUUUUUGUUAUGCAUCAGAAUUUUAACGGACGUAGGUGAGAUAAACCUCCAGGAAUGGCAACAUUUUUUGGCAGGCGGAUUACCAACUAAGGAUCUUCCAAACCCUGCACCAAGUUGGUUGUCGAUUAGAGCUUGGAAUGAAAUAUUAUCUUUAUACUCGUUAAAAUCACUUCGAAUUGUUGUGAAUACUUUUCCUAAAUAUAUAGAACAAUACAAGGCCAUUUUUGAAAGCAUGGAACCCCACAGGGAACGUCUACCUGAAGACAUAGACACUGUUUUGGACGACUUUCAGAAACUGAUAGUCCUAAAAAGUUUAAGACCCGAUAAGGUUACCAAUGCCAUGCAAGAUUAUCUGGCACUCAAGAUUGGCCAACAAUUUAUCGAACCUCAAUCAUCUGAUUUGUCAGCUAUGUAUAAAGACUCUGGUCCGACCAUUCCUCUGAUUUUCGUCUUGUCUACUGGUACAGAUCCAGCAGCUGAAUUAUAUAAGUUCGCUGAUCGCAUGAGAAUGACAAAGAGGAUGUUUUCAAUAUCUUUAGGUCAAGGACAAGGUCCUAGGGCUGAGAAGAUGUUGCACAGCGGUGUUGAAAUUGGAUCUUGGGUUUUCUUCCAGAAUUGUCACUUGGCUCCAAGUUGGAUGCCAAGACUAGAACGUACAAUGGAAAGUAUAUCUCCAGAUGAUUGUCACAGAGAUUUUAGAGUAUGGCUUACUUCAACCCCGUCUCCCCAUUUUCCAGUGUCAAUCUUACAAAAUGGAACCAAAAUGACCAUCGAACCUCCGUCAGGUCUAAAGGCAAAUUUGAUGCGAUCAUAUCGAAACCAAGUAUCGGAAUAUAUAGAGUUUAUCCAAUCUGAACAUCCAAAAUCGCCGUCUUAUAGGUUUUUAGUAUUCGCUCUUUGCCUCUUUCAUGGAAUAGUUAUUGAACGAAGAAAAUUUGGACCUUUAGGCUUUAACAUACCAUACGACUUUACAGAUGGUGACUUGAAAAUCUGUAUUUCUCAGCUACACAUGUUCCUGGUAGAAUACACCGAAGUACCUUUUAAAGUGCUGUCGUAUACAGCUGGUCAAAUAAAUUAUGGGGGCAGGGUAACUGAUGAUUGGGAUCGAAGAUGUCUGAUGAAUAUUUUGGCCGAUUACUAUAAACCGGAAGUAAUGGACCCAACUUUUAAGUUUGACAGUAAAGGAAUAUAUAAACAGCUACGUGUGGAGAUUAUAUUCAACGAUUACUUGGAUUAUAUAAAAUCGCUACCAAUCAAUGAUGACCCCGAUAUCUUUGGUCUGCAUGCCAAUGCUGACAUAACAUUUGCUCAAUCGAAAACAUUCUUAUGUUUAUCUACACUGUUAAAACUUCAACCGAAAAUUGCGGGCGCCGGUGGAGGUAGUCAAGAAGACGCCACAUCCAGUACAGCGAAAAUUAUUUUAGAACAAAUACCACAUAGAUUCGACAUAAACUUAAUUAGUGAAAGAUAUCCCGUGCUUUACGAAGAAUCUUUGAACACCGUAAUAUUACAAGAAGCUAUUCGAUACAACAAGCUUCUGUUCGCCAUUAAAAGCAGCCUUAGUGAUCUUUUAAAGGCUCUCAAGGGACUCGUAGUGAUGUCUGAAGCAUUAGAAAGAAUGACACAGAGUAUGGCUAAUAAUUUAGUGCCAGCCUUAUGGGCUGGCAAAGCUUACCCAUCACUGAAGCCAUUAGGUGCCUGGGUUACAGAUCUGAAAGCUCGAUGCAAGUUUUUGGAUACAUGGGUGGACGAAGGCAUACCACCAGCAUUCUGGAUAUCUGGAUUCUAUUUUCCACAAGCUUUUCUAACAGGCACUCUGCAAAAUUUUGCACGAAGAAAUAUUCUCUCCAUUGAUACAAUCAGUUUUUGUUUCGAGGUUUUGGAUGAAUUCCCUGAAGAAAAACCAGCUGACGGGUGCUGCAUUUAUGGUCUUUUUGUAGAAGGUUGUCGCUGGAAUCCCGAAAUAAGGUUACUUGACGAAUCCAAGCCGAAAGAAUUAUAUACAGAUAUGCCUGUGAUUUGGCUUGUACCCGAAGAAAAUCAUGUACCUGCUUCCAGUGGUAUAUACCAAUGUCCCAUUUACAAAACGCUAACAAGGGCGGGAACACUAUCAACUACCGGACAUUCCACCAAUUAUGUUUUAACUGUAGAAAUACCAAGUGAACAACCCCAGCGACACUGGAUUAAAAGAGGAGUGGCAUUAAUAUGUGCCUUGGACUAUUAA